CCCCGAGGGAGCAGGGUAAAAGAUGCCCUGGGAGCGAAAGAAGCUGUCCCACCUUCAACCGAACUGAAGGAGGCACCAGGCGAGGAUCGCCCUGUGAGUGACAUCCUUUCCAGAAGAAGGGUGAGGGGAGAGAAGAAGAAAGCAAGUAAGGAAUGCAGCAGAACCCAGACCGCGUUGGGAUCCCAGGGAUCGUAUACUCUAUGCCCUUAUCUAUUGGAGAGGACCUCGCUCGAAAAUUCAACUAAUGCUGUCCUUGGAAACUUCCGUCUGAUAGCAAUCAAGGACCUCUAAAGCCGAGGCGCCGAGUUGCCAAGCACUGGGGUCUCUGGGGUAGCUGUGUUUGGUGCUACCCCCACCCUCAAUCGGUAUGCAGCGACCAUUUCUCCCUUCAUCUUAUCUGCGGGACUCGAAGGUGGAAACACUUAAAAGGAUUACAAACGUGGUUUGGUGGCAUCUCUGAAAGUUGUUGGCUGGGGAAAGAGAGAGAGAGAGAUCGAGAGAAAGGCGAUGGCGUUAUGGAUACAAUUCAUCUUAAGGAGUUAGCAGCUCGCCUAGCCAAGCCACUCAGAGCAAACGCCGGGAGUGCUUUAGUUCUCAACAUGGAUAGUUUGAUCAACACUGAGUGAUGAAACCUCCCAUGGCUGAAACUCUCCAGAAAGGAAGGAUGCUGUGGAUAAUUCUUUUAAGCACAAUUGCCCUAGGAUGGACUACACCCAUUCCCUUGAUAGAGGACUCAGAGGAAAUAGAUGAACCAUGCUUUGAUCCAUGUUACUGUGAAGUGAAAGAGAGUAUUUUCCACAUCCAUUGUGACAGUAAAGGAUUUACAAAUAUUAGUCAAAUUACUGAGUUCUGGUCUCGACCUUUUAAACUUUACCUGCAGAGGAAUUCCAUGAGGAAACUGUACACGAACAGUUUUGUUCAUUUAAACAAUGCUGUAUCUAUUAACCUUGGGAACAAUGCUUUGCAGGACAUUCAGACAGGGGCCUUCAAUGGCCUCAAAAUUUUAAAGAGGCUGUAUCUACAUGAGAAUAAACUGGACAUCUUCAGAAAUGACACUUUCCUGGGUUUGGAAAGUCUAGAAUAUCUGCAGGCAGAUUACAAUGUCAUUAAACGAAUUGAGAGUGGGGCCUUUAGGAAUCUGAGCAAAUUGAGGGUUCUAAUCCUGAAUGACAACCUCAUCCCCAUGCUUCCUACCAAUUUAUUUAAGGCUGUCUCUUUGACUCAUUUGGACCUUAGGGGAAAUCGGUUAAAGGUCCUUUCUUAUAGAGGAAUGCUGGAUCAUAUUGGUAGGAGCUUGAUGGAGAUCCAGCUAGAGGAAAACCCCUGGAAUUGUACCUGUGAAAUUGUACAAUUAAAAAGCUGGCUUGAACGGAUACCAUACACAGCCCUGGUUGGAGAUAUUACAUGUGAGACACCUUUCCACUUUCAUGGUAAGGACUUGCGGGAAAUCAAGAAGACUGAACUCUGUCCCCUGCUGUCUGAUUCGGAGGUGGAGGCUAGUUUGGGGAUUCCCCAGUUGUCAUCCAGCAAGGAGAAUGCAUGGCCUACAAAGCCCUCCUCCAUGUUGUCCUCUGUCCAUUUCACUGCAUCUUCUGUUGAAUACAAGGCUUCCAACAAACAGCCGAAACCCACCAAGCAACCCCGGACACCUAAACCACCUCCGACAUCCAGAGGCCUAUACCCAGGGCCAAACCAACCUCCUAUUGCUGCUUAUCAGACCAGACCCCCGAUUCCCAUCAUCUGCCCUACCGGGUGUAUCUGCAGCUUGCAUAUUAAUGACCUGGGCCUGACAGUAAACUGCAAAGAACGGGGGUUCAAUAACAUCUCUGAACUUCUUCCGAGGCCCCUGAAUGCCAAGAAACUGUACCUGAGCAGUAACCUUAUUCAGAAGAUAUAUCGCUCAGAUUUUUGGAAUUUCUCCUCUUUGGAUCUCUUGCACCUGGGGAACAAUCGAAUUUCUUACGUCCAGGAUGGGGCCUUCAUCAACCUGCCCAAUCUGAAGAGCCUCUUCCUCAACGGAAAUGACAUCGAGCGGCUAACUCCGGGCAUGUUUCGAGGCCUCCAGAGCUUGCACUAUCUGUACUUCGAAUUCAAUGUCAUCCGGGAGAUCCAGCCGGCAGCCUUCAGCCUCAUGCCCAACCUGAAACUGCUGUUUCUCAAUAACAACCUGCUGAGGACGCUGCCCACCGACGCCUUCGCCGGCACCUCCUUGGCCCGGCUCAACCUGCGCAAGAAUUACUUCCUCUACCUUCCAGUGGCCGGCGUCCUGGAGCACCUGAACGCCAUUGUGCAGAUCGACCUCAACGAGAACCCCUGGGACUGCACCUGCGACCUGGUCCCCCUCAAGCAGUGGAUCGAGACCAUCAGUUCGGUGAGCGUGGUGGGAGACGUGCUCUGCGGGAGCCCGGAGAACCUCACCCACCGGGACGUGCGCAGCGUGGAGCUGGAAGUGUUGUGCCCAGAGAUGGUGCACCUGCCGCCCGCCGGGGCCUCCCCGGCCGGGCCUAGCGAAGUCCACCCGGCCGGGGGCCCCACCGGAGCCUCACCCUACGAGUUUGCUCCCCCGGGGGGCGCCGUGCCCCUCUCGGUGCUGAUCCUCAGCCUGCUGGUCCUCUUCUUCUCGGCCGUCUUCAUCGCCGCGGGGCUCUUCGCCUUCGUGCUCAGGAGGCGUCGGAAGAAGCUGCCCUUCCGCAAACGCCCGGAGGGGGUGGACCUGACUGGCAUCCAGAUGCAAUGUCACCGCCUUUUUGAGGAUGGCGGAGGAGGUGGAGGCGGUGGAGGGGGCGGUGGGGGUGGGGGACGGCCCAGCCACCCCUCCCCCGAAAAAGCGCCCCCUGUGGGUCACGUCUACGACUACAUCCCCCACCCAGUGACCCAAAUGUGUAACAACCCCAUUUACAAGCCACGGGAGGAGGAGGAGGCCUCCACCGUGGUGGCAGGCCCGGAGACCGGGGGGCCCGAAAGAGGGGGUCCGGGGACACAGCCCCCAGGAAUGGGUGAGCUCCUGGCCGGGGAGCAGUUCCCUGAGACAGCCAAGGAGAAUAACAGUAACUACCGGACCUUGCUGGAGAAGGAGAAGGAGUGGACCCUGGCGGUGUCCAGCUCCCAACUCAACACCAUAGUGACCAUGAAUCACCCUCACCCUCACCCUCACCCUCACCACCCAGCCGGAAGUGGGGUGGCGGGGGGCGUGGGAGGCACUGGGGGGGACUUGGCUGGGUUCCGGCACCACGAAAAGAAUGGAGGGGUGGUGCUUUUUCCCCCAGGGGGAGGCUGUGGUCCUGGCAGCAUCCUUCUCGAUCGAGAGAGACCCCAGCCAACCCCUUGCACGGUGGGCUUUGUGGACUGUCUCUAUGGUACAGUGCCCAAGUUAAAGGAACUGCACGUCCACCCUCCUGGCAUGCAAUACCCAGACUUACAGCAGGGCGCCAGACUCAAAGAAACCCUUCUGUUCUCGGCUGGAAAGGGCUUCACAGACCCCCAAACCCCCAAAAGCGAAUACCUCGAGUUAAGGGCCAAACUCCAAACCAAGCCGGAUUACCUCGAAGUCCUGGAGAAGACAACCUAUAGGUUCUAAGGAAAGAAUAAUAAUAAUAUAAUAAUAAUAAAAUUUAAAAGGUUUAGCGCUUUUUUUUUCAAAAGGAAAAGAAAAAAAUAUAUAGAUCCUUUCCCCGAUUUCCACCCGAUUCUAAUGAGUUAGUCCUUUUUCUUCCUCAGACCCUGCCCCUGUCCCCAACAAAACAAAAUCCGCAUGAUAACUAGAGAAUACAGAUGUAUGCUCUUACCCUCCCAGAUGUGUUUUGGAGGACGGGACAUACUCAGAUCAUUAAUCAAUGAAGUGCCUUCGCAGACUUUUGCCAGCAAAUGUUAUCAAUCAUUAUUUUUUUAUACUGAAACUUGAGACUUUUGACUGUGCCAUGUUAAAGGUAUAUUAUCUGGGAUCUUUGUAUUGAUCCUAAUUAAGUAAAAUUAUGUGUUUUUUUUUUUUUAGUAACUUUUUUUUCCCCUUUUGGUUUGUGGGGAAGGGAAAGAAAAACAAAUUAGGUUGGCCUUUGGGGCUUUCUCUCUUCUUGCCCAUCAUGGCGCAGAUUUCUGUACAUGUAUUAACAAUGCAGUUUGCUGCAUGCAGCGGGGGAGGGAGGGGUCGGGUCUUGCUCGAAUGUUCUCACUCACUCUCUUGUCUCUUUUACAUACGCACAGCUCCAGAUUCCCCCCCUCCCUCCACCCCUUUGCCGCCCUGUCUCCGCGGGCGCGACCCCGCGCGUAGAGCCGCGUGCACGCACGUAGAUACACGCACACACAAGCAUUCACUCCUCACCCUGCCAAGACACCUGUACUUUCCCGUUCAAAGCAUUCGGAGUCUCUUUACCCCGAUACUACUCAGUUCUGUCCCCUCUUGCCCCUCACCGCCACCCCCAGGAAUCCCAAUUCCAUCCCAGGCGGAAUCCCACAGAACCUAAGAAGCCCACCCACGGCGCGCUUGGGAUAAGCAACUUCUUUGUGACUUCAUCCUGAUGCCAAGAUUUUUUGGAGAACAUCCGCACUUUCUUAUAUACAUAUAUAUAAAUAGAUAUAUAUAUAUUAAAAUAUAAAAAGCAACUGGGUAUAUACAUAUAUAAAUAUAAAUAUAUCACUAACAGCUUUGUAGGAAGCACUUUUAAUGUUUUUCUCACACACAAAGGUUCAGAAACAAAUGUGCAUAUAUUUAUUCUGUAAUUCUAGUGACUAUCAAUUGUAAAGGUAAUGUUUAAUCAUUGUAUAGUGAUGAUGCGUCUGGUAUAGCUUUCCUAAUAAAAAAAAAAGUUUUGAAAAAAUAGACAUGUAGAGAAUACAAAGCUUGACCCUGUAACCCCCAGCUAGGCUGUUCUGUCCCUGUUUCCCAUUUUGAGUUCGGAUCUUCUUCCUCACCCCUCCCCCAGAAUUUUAGAGAUUUUUCAGAGCAAUGAUGUUGUUCUACUCUGAUCAACUUUUCUCCCUUCCCUACCCCUACCCACAUUCUCCUCUUGAAUUCCUAGUGGGACUAAAAAAAAAAAAAGGAAGGAAAGGAAAGGAAAGGAAAGGAAAGGAAAGGAAAGGAAAGGAAAGGAAAGGAAAGGAAAGGAAAGGAAAGGAAAGGAAAGGAAAGGAAAGGAAAGGAAAGGAAAGGAAAGGAAAGGAAAGGAAAGGAAAGGAAAGGAAAGGAAAGGAAAGGAAAGGAAAGGAAAGGAAAGUUUGCUAUUUGCUAUCCUUUCUCCAUGCAUUGUGACAAUAGCAGACUUUGCAGCUGUGUUGCCAAGGUCAGUGCGGCCCAUGUUGACUUCCCAAACUGUAAGGAAAGGCGGGAAAUGAGCACUGAAUAUCUCGUCGUUUGAAGGGUUGCCAGUUGGAGAAGCCCUGGGCAAGAGUGGAGGCGCCCCGCACAGAGGGAAGGCCGAUUGUAGCAAUAGUCUAUAAACUUGCACUGGGGGCAUGUGCUGUGAUGCAUUUUAUCUUCUGAAACUUCCUCCCUCUCUGGAAAAAACGACCCUGAAGCCGGUUAGCUUGGAAAGUCUCCGCGCCUCGGCAUUUGGUGGCUCUGAUCUUCCUGCAAAAGUCGUGCUUGAAUUAAAAGAGACGCUGCACCCUCCCCCCCCCCCCAUGAUGUUGGAGAAAGAAAAUGGACUUGACAAUAAUUCCAACUGUAGCCCACUGAUGUGUGAGUGAAACCAAAGAUAAUAGGAUUUUUAAAUUAUCUAUUUAUUUAUUAUUUUAAGGCACUGAUAUCUUGGUCUUGGGAGGAAACGGAGUUGACCCAGGAAAAAAAAAAAAAGAAAGUUUGAGAGUUGGCACGGCACAGACGCAUAUCGGCCAGCAGAGGGCGCCAGAACCCCAGCGAUUCCCGGCCCCCGCAGCUACUGCAGGAGCGUGUAGACCGACUCGGGUUUUCAAUUUGUGCUUUCUCUAGGGCCCCAGAGUAAAAAUCCACCCGUACAGCCUGAAUGUAAUAUUCGCCGGAUGUCACUAACGCCUUACAUCAAAUUGACUUUUUUUUUUUGAGGGGGUGGGGGCGUGGGCAGGACUGUUGUGGAAAGCAGCUCCUUAAGUUUUGUGUCUGGUUGCACCACCAAAGCUGUGGUCUUAAAAAGCCUCGAUAGUGUAUACACUUUGGAAGAGAAGGCUUUCACUAGACCAAGUAUCCAUCUCUGAAUAGCCACAGACAAAUGCAUACAGAUGGAGGACGCCCACACAAACACACAUGCAACCUUAAUGUAUCUGUAGAUGGUAUUUUCAGGGCAAACAUCUUUCUUUGCAAUUGAGUAACUUGUGCCUGACACCUUUGUCAAUAGAUUAUUUUGGAGGCAUAGCUAGGUGAAAUGGUGAUCAUGGGACUUUUUUUUUCCUAUUUGAAGGGGGACCUGCUAUUUUGUUAUAUAAUAUGGCAGUUGUGUAGAUCAGCACUGGUUCUGAAUGUAGGACAAUUGGUGUAGAGCUAAAGGGGUCAGGGGGGCAUCUAGGUGGCACAGUGGAUAAAACACCUGCCCUGGAUUCAAGAGGACCUGAGUUCAAAUGUGACCUCAGACACUUGACACUGGCUGUGUGACCCUGGGCAAGUCACUUAACCCUCAUUGCCUUGCCAAAAAAAAAAAAAAAAAGAGCUAAAAGGGUCAUUAAGGGAUGCUCUAGUCCAAUCCUCUCAAACUGACAUCUAUGAAUUAAGUAGCCUGACUAGGGCACGUAGUGACAGAGACUGGAUUUGAGCCUGUAUUCUCUGAUGCCAAACCUAGCUUUCCUUUCACUGCAUCCAGUUUAACUGGGAGGUCCAGUGACUUGCCCAGGGCAAAGCAGCGGGCCUGUAUCACAGGCAGGAAUUGAAAUCUAUUCAAGGCCAACUCUCUAAUCACAGUAUCUCUCUUUCAUCCCCUGCUGCUCCCCUAAGGUAUUUCAUUCUCUAUAUGUCACCAUGGGUGAAGGAGGGCGCUUUCCAUUUUCUUAUCUCCCUCCUUUUCCCUUCUUUCUUAUUACUGAACUUACUAUGAUCACUUUUUGUCUUUUCUUUAUUUGCUUUCUCAUAGUUCCUCCCUUCCUCAUUUCUUUUCCCUUACUACUUCAAAAGGAGGCACAACUAAAGACUCUAGAAGUUAGUCCUAAUAAUUAGGACUCCUCUUUGUAUCUCCCUAAUAUAGCUAGAGUCUUUGCCCCAUUUCCAGAUUCCUUUUUUCAUCAGGUCUGAAUAUCCAGUUCAGUCCUUUUCUUUACUAACCGGAAUUAUUAUCCCUGACUUCCUCAUUCAUCAAAAGUUUGAAUGGCCAAGGAAAACCACGGGCACUUAACAAAUACUAACAUGAAACAAACUCCAAGUACUAAGUACAAGGCUAGUUUCUUCUGACAGGGAUCCUAAUAUCCUAGAUAAGGCUGUAUCCAACAUAAUAUGGCAUAUUAUGCAAAUCAGGUCAAAGUCCAAGCCCUAAUGAUCCUGAUGUUUUAUAUAUUUGAAAAGUGGUGCCUAUGAUAAAGCAGAUCAAAGUCUACUAUAAGCCUACCCACAGGAACGUUCCUAUUUUAGUUCAGAAGCAAAUGGAAUUAUGACUUGUCUUAAACAGUGAUAUUCAUUUCACCUCUUAAAGAGGAAGCAAAUCUACUCAAUGAAAAUACAUGUAUCCUAUGAGAAUGGAAUUUUGUAUUUAAAUAAGGCAAUAUGAGGGCUCUAAAUGGAGUAACCCCCCCACACACACACACACACAUACACACCACCACCACCACUACCAUCUCCUACACUCACUCGUUUGCUCCUUAGGAACACUGGAAUCAGCUCUUUUGAUAAUAAAUCCACAGCCUCUUAAAGACUUAUUAUUUUUUGUUUUGUUUUGUUUUUUAAUGCUGAGGGUAAUUAGAAUUGUUUUAUGAUUUUGCUGCAAUUUGCUCAUAUUUGAAUUUCAACUCCAUUCUGAGUCAUGAUCACUUAUCACCUUAGUGGACCCAGAUUUGAGAGAAAUUUGCUAUUAUAUCAUUUUUUUUCUGAGUCAUAAUAAUCACAUUUUAGAAUCCUUUAAUAUACAAUCAUUCCCACUCAUCUAGGAGAUGAUUUGUGAUAACCAACCCUAAAUAACACCAUUUUCAUUUCAAUUCAUUAGUAGCUCUGACAAAGUGCAGUUCAGUUGAUCAUUUAUUCAGGAGCUUUCAAGGUGAUCACGCAGCAUUAGGUGUUCCAAGGUAUCUUAGAGGUCAUCUGAUCUUUCCCCUUCAUCUAGUAGAUGAGAAAAUUGAGGCCUAGAGAGAUUUAAGGGACUAAAAGGUCACACAGAUACAAAUGACAAAGCUGGGAUAUAAACUCAGGCCUUUCUACUCCCAAUCUUAUAGUCAUUUUAAUGCAACAAAAGCCUGAUUUUCUUUAAUGUUUCUUCAUACUGUUUUAUAAGUAGUCAUAUUAUUGCACAAAAUCCCAUCAUAGUAAGUAGGAUGCCUUGGAAGCUUCCAGAUGUGUGUGUGUGUGUGUGUGUGUGUGUGUGUAUGUGUAUGUGUAUGUGUGUUUAUUUGCUAGAAAUUAUAACAAGGUCCAGGUGCUGAUUGAGUUAUAAAAGUAUUUGUUUUCACUUUCUUUUGGAUAGUAUCCUUGAAAGCAAA